UCCUCCCGUCCAUUCCAAAUAAAUUCUCUAGAUCGUCGCCAGCCACGCUCCCCUACCUAUAUCUCGACCUCGCAAAUCGCCGCCGGCCGCCCUCCCCCACCUCGCGCGCACAAUACUAUCUACUAUCUAUCCGUGUGUCAAAAGGAGCCAAAGCAAUCCAAUUUGGAGCAACAGGUGACCUUUUAAUUCGUAUUAAGUGAAAGCAAGCAUGCCGGGGCAAAAAAUUGAGACCAGUCACCAAGAUGUCGUUCACGACGUGGCAAUGGAUUACUACGGCAAGCGUCUUGCCACUGCGUCUUCAGACAAUACUAUCAAAAUAAUUGGGGUUAACAACUCAGGAUCUCAGCAUCUCGCAACUUUAACUGGUCAUCAAGAACCGGUGUGGCAAGUUGCCUGGGCGCACCCCAAGUUCGGGUCACUUCUCGCCUCCUGCUCUUAUGACGGGAAAGUCAUAAUCUGGAAGGAAGGCAAUCAAAACGAUUGGAUCCAGUCGGAAGCGUUCGACGAUCACAAAGCCUCUGUCAACUCCAUUGCAUGGGCUCCCCACGAACUCGGCCUCUGUCUUGCUUGCGGAUCCUCCGACGGCAACAUCUCUGUCUUCACAGCAAGACCCGAUGGCGGAUGGGACAAAUCAAGAAUCGACCAGGCUCAUCCUGUUGGCGUCACCUCGGUCUCGUGGUCCCCAUCAACAGCUCCCGGUGCUCUCGUGGGCUCUGGUCUUCUCGACCCCGUUCAGAAGCUGGCAUCUGGCGGCUGCGACAAUACCGUCAAAGUGUGGAAAUUCGAUAACGGGGUUUGGAGGAUGGAUUGCUUCCCGGCUCUUAACAUGCACACGGACUGGGUGAGGGACGUCGCCUGGGCACCCAACCUCGGCCUCCCGAAAUCCACCAUUGCUAGCGCUUCCCAAGACGGGAAAGUGAUCAUCUGGUCGACGGUCAAGGAGGGCGACAAAUGGGACGGGAAAGUGCUGAAGGACUUGGGCACGCCCAUCUGGAGGGUGUCAUGGUCGCUGACUGGAAACAUACUCGCUGUCGCUGAUGGGAACAAUAAUGUGACUCUUUGGAAGGAGGCUGUCGAUGGAGAAUGGCAGCAAGUUACUACAGUUGACUCAUGAAAACUGUCGUUGAGUCGAUAAACUGUCUUACACCAGGUACGCACCGUAUCUUUAUAUUCCGACUGUAUUUUCGUUACAAGAACUUAGGUAUUGAUCUUUCUUGAUGUGUUUUUUUUUUUUUUUAUUUGGAUCUUGAGCAUGAAACCAAAUCGUAUGUGUUUUUAAUCUCAUAGAUUGUCUCCUUUGGGACACUGUUGUGAAGAAAAUUUCAACUUUCUUGA